UGUCAGAUUAUUUUAGCUAUUUUGGACGUGUUUGUUGUUUUUGUGUUACAAAAAAAUGUUUCGCCAGUAAUUUCAGGAGAAAAUAAACAUGUGUUUUGUGUUUGAGGAUACGACUUGUUAAAUCAUAAAACCUGCUUUAAUAGUUAUAUACGUUUGUGUUAUAUAAAAGCUGUAAAAGUAGACCGUAAUAAUUGAUCAAGUGAAGAUGGAGUCUCUAUCGAAACAAGAGCUAAUUUCUACAAUAACUAAACAAGCAGAUCAAAUCAAGCGUUACGAAGGACGCUUACGAGAUGUUGUUGCAGCAUAUAAAGGCCUAGUCAAAGAAAAGGAGGCUUUAGAGAUCAGUUUGAAGGCUUUAAAUAAAACUGAGACUUCUGAAGAUGCCUCUCAAGAUUCUGUAGCAGCUCUCACACUGUCACUGUCCACUUUGUCCGAGGAAAAGGCACGCAUGGAAGAAGCUUUUCAGGCUGAUAAGAAAGUUACAAGAGAAAAGUAUGAAUCCAUUCUGGCGCAAAUGCGUGAAGAGACCAAGACACUAGUACAACAGCAUCUUGCGGAGGUGAGCAACCUCAAGGCCAAGAUAUCCUACGAGAUACAGGAGCGAGAGAACGAGAGGGCCAAUCACGCUGCUAUGUUGAAAGAAUUGCAUAUGAAGUUGAAUUCAGAAAGGAAAAGCAAGGAAAAACUAGAAGACAAAGCAGUGCACAGCAGUGAGGCUCAGGCAUCUCAAACGGAAUUAGAAAAACGAGUACGUGAUCUCAACAGUUCUCUAGAAGCUUCUCAGAGAAGGUUACAGAGGGCUGAGGCGAGAACCGUCGAGACUCCCGCCUUACUCGUGCGAUUGCAACAGAAGCUGGCCUUGUUGGAGCAAUCGCACUCCAUUGCUAUACGAGAGGAACAAAUAAAAGCGAAACGCGCGGAGGAAUCAGCGCGUAAAAUAUGCGCGCGGCAAGAGGAGAGAGUCGCUUUACUAGAGGGCAGACUGGCAGAACUAUCGCAGACUAUUGGAGAGUACGAUCUGAGGCGGCGUCGCGACCAGACGCUCAUACAACAAUUGCGUGACUCACUCAACGGACGUCUGAUGGACAAGAUUGCCAGCACUAGCAGCAAUGAAGAUGCUCAAAAAAGUGAGACUGACAACGAAAAGCUAGCUGACAGCGAAUACCUACACACACUCAUAGACAAAAUACAUAUUCUGAAGAAAGAGUUAAUCGCCGAAAAUGACAAACUCGGCAACCCCAUAGACAUAUCAACAGUUUUCAAACUAGAUGGUUAUGAAAACGUACAUUCGAAAUGUAGACAGGAGUUGGAAAAUUUGAGAAUAGAGUUUGAGAGUUAUAAAGUACAAAAUGCGAGAGUGAGAGAGAGUGGGGCGGAGGUGGAGAGUGAAAUGGGGGAUCUGAAGAGCGAGAUAGCGAUGCUGAAGGAGAAAAUGGAGACCUACGUGCUUCUGUUGGAAGAGGAGAAACAGGAUAAGGCUGACUCCUUGAGACUCCAUGAAGAGAAACUGAGAACCGAAAAGGAGUACCACAAAGAGAUAGUAUCGGAUCUGAAGACUCGGAUACUGAGCUUGGAGAAGCAAGUGCAGACUCAGCGCGACAGAUACGCGACUCUGCUGGAAGAGACGGACAACUAUAUCCGCGCCAGAAACGAUCGCUCGCGGAAAAUCAGCACUGAAGACGGUCGGCCAGAGGGCCAUGGGAUGUUGAACGAUGGUUCAGCUCCGCCGCAUAUGCUACACUAUGCGCACGAAUUGGCCAGGAAAGAUCUAGACAUCACACAGCUGAGACGAGAAAAGCAUAUUCUAGAAGGACACUAUAGAGACUGUCAACGUGAGGCGACGAUAGAAAAGGAACGCUUCAAAGAAGUUAUAAGAACUCUCAAGGAAGAGAUUGACAGAUUAAGAAGAAUACAGUCUCGUGAAGGUGCCAAUUUGGAAUAUCUCAAAAAUGUCGUGAUGGCGUAUCUCAUGUCUACGGACUAUUCGGGAAGAAAACACAUGCUCAACGCUAUAGCUGCCGUGUUGCACUUCACCAAUAAUGAAAGGAAAAUGGUCUUUAACACGCUGUGAAUAAAGAUCUUAAUAGCUUGAAUGUUUUCUCUUACAAAUUGUUCUACUUUAGAUCAAUAAUUAGAAGAAAAUGAUCUUUAAUAUGCUAGAAUUAGAGAACAUAUUUGCCUGAACGUUUUAUGCUACAUGAAACGUUUGGAAGCGUUCAUGGAACAUAUGCACAGAUUAUUAUGUAUAUCUAAUAACAAAAAUAAAGUGAAUAU